AGCUCGGAUGCCAACCUACGGUUCCCUGACAGCAAUGGCCUCCUGCAGACACCUCGCUGGGAUGAGCCACAGCGGGGAUGUGCCCUGGAGCAGAUCUGCGGUGUGUUCCGUGUAGACCUGGGCCACAUGCGCUCUCUGCGACUCUUCUUCAGUGACGAGGCUUGUACGAGUGGCCAGCUGGUGGUGGCCAGCCGAGAAAGCCAGUACAAGAUUUUUCACUUCCACCACGGUGGCCUGGACAAGCUCUCCGAGGUGUUCCAGCGAUGGAAAUUUUGCACAGAGACACACCUCAGGGACCAGCAGGUCACGGAUGAGAGGACAUGCAUGCAGUUCUCCAUCCGACGGCCCAAGCUGCCAUCCUCUGAGACCCACCCGGAAGAGAGCCUGUACCGGAGGCUGGACGUGUCCGCCUGGCUCAACCACCUGAAUGAUCUGGGCCAGGUGGAGGAGGAAUACAAGCUUCGCCAGGCCAUUUUCUUUGGUGGCAUUGAUGUGUCGAUCCGGGGGGAGGUCUGGCCUUUCCUGCUGCACUAUUAUAGCCACGAGUCCACAUCGGAGGAGCGUGAGGCGCUGCGGGAGCAGAAGCGAAAGGAAUAUGCAGCGAUCCAGCAAAAAAGGCUCUCCAUGACUCCCGAGGACCAGAGAGCUUUCUGGCGCAACGUGCAGUUCACUGUGGACAAAGACGUGGUUCGCACAGAUAGGAACAACCAGUUCUUCCGAGGCGAGGACAACCCGAACGUGGAGAGCAUGAGGAGGAUCCUGCUGAACUAUGCCGUGUACAACCCAGCCAUCGGCUACUCACAGGGCAUGUCAGACCUGGUGGCACCCAUCCUGGCUGAGGUCUUGGAUGAAUCAGACACUUUCUGGUGCUUCGUGGGUUUGAUGCAGAACACCAUCUUUGUUAGCUCUCCCCGGGACGAGGACAUGGAGAGACAGCUGCUGUACCUGCGGGAGCUGCUCCGGCUGACACACCAGCGCUUCUACCAGCACCUGGUCUCGCUGGGCGAGGAUGGACUCCAGAUGCUCUUCUGUCACCGCUGGCUCCUACUCUGCUUCAAACGGGAGUUUCCUGAGGCUGAGGCCCUGCGCAUCUGGGAGGCCUGCUGGGCCCACUACCAGACCGAUUACUUCCACCUGUUCAUCUGUGUGGCCAUUGUGGCCAUCUAUGGAGAUGAUGUCAUCGAGCAACAGCUGGCCACAGACCAGAUGCUUCUGCACUUUGGAAACCUGGCCAUGCAUAUGAAUGGAGAACUGGUCCUCAGGAAGGCCAGGAGUCUCCUGUACCAGUUCCGCCUUCUGCCACGGAUCCCCUGCAGCCUACAUGACCUGUGUAAGCUGUGUGGGACGGGCAUGUGGGACAGUGGGUACAUGCCAGCUGUGGAGUGUGCCGGCCACCACCCGGGCUCAGAGAACUGUCCCUAUGGGGGCACAAUGGAGAUGCCGUCACCCAAGCCCACAAGAGAAGGCAAGAAGGGCCCGAAGGCACCACGGGAGGCCUUUGGUUUCCGCAGAUAGGGAAGCCUCUGCCCUUGACACGGAGCGAGAGCAACUCCCUGAGGUCCUGGGCAAGUGGGAGGGGGUGGGGAUGGACAUGGAGGGAACAGAAUCUAGAAAUACAAGGAAAGGCCUCUGGCCAAUGUGAAGAGAACCUUGUCACCAUGAUGACAGAAUCAGACUCUAGAAGUGACAGCAGGUAUCAGAUGUGCCGAGAAUUCAGCUCCUGAAAGGCUGGCCCGGAUGUCUGGCUACUGCACUGGAAUACAGGCUGCUGGCUGGCUGGCUGGGGGAUUCCAGCAGAGCCCCGAGUCCCUCCACGGAGCUGCAGGCAAAGCAGGGUCUAGAAGAGGCUUCACCCUCAUGCCAGCACCAAGGGGCACAGAGGAGCAGCACUGUCCUGAGUGAGUCAAGCAUAUUUCUGAAGCUUCCUGGUCACAGCUGUAAGGCCAGUGUGAAAACACCAGUCCAAAAAAGAGAGGAGAGAGAGAGAGAGAGAGA